AAUAGUCGGAAGAGGGAGAGACGGAACUACUGUGAGAUUCAUAGUGACCACAGCGCGCAGUCGUUAGGCAGGCAUCCGAACGGUCGAGUCAACGCUACGUGUGCUUAUUCAGAAACGAACCAAUUUCCUAGGAGGUUGUAAAAAUGGUCGUCCAGAUCAAGAGUUCCGACGAGUUGGACAAGACCCUCGAGGGUGCCGGUGACAAAUUAGUUGUUAUUGACUUUUUUGCAGUAUGGUGUUUUCCUUGCAAAAUGAUUGCGCCCAGAGUUGAAGAGUUGGCAAAUGAAAUGCCCGAUGUUAUAUUUUUAAAAGUAGAUAUAGAAGAAUGUGAAGAUAUUACUGAGAAAUAUAAUAUCACCAGUAUGCCUACCUUUGUGUUUAUCAAAGGUGGUAAAGUGGUGGAAACCUUCUCUGGUGCAAACUUUGACAAACUUAAAAGCACAGUUCAAAAGCACAAGUGAAUAAUUAAUUCGAUUGAUGAAAAUAUGUUUAAGCAAAAUUGUUUAAUAAUUGGCACUAUUUAUCAGAGGUAGCAGCAAAUGCCUCUUGAUCGCUGCAAGCAGUGUUGUGUUUUACUAGUAAGAGAAUUGUCAAUUUUAUUAUAUAUAUUUAGUUAGAAAAUAAAAUAUGUAACCGGUUUCUACAAAUUUAUGUACAAUAAAAUUAUUCCAUUUU